AUGGCAAACACAAAUAUUCCUCAUUCUUCUCUAUGUGUUACUACGACAGACUUUGAAAAGGUCGCAAAGAAUGUCCUUUCGGAAAAGUCAUGGGUGUAUGCAUCAAGCUCAGCUGCUACAGGCCUGUCAAUGAAGACCAAUCUUAAUGACUGGUCUCUGAUCAACUUCCGGCCCAGGAUCCUAAGGAGUGUCGAUUCAAUGGAUACUCGAAGGAACAUCUUGGGACAUACCUCCCAAUUCCCAUUCUUCGUAUCGGCUAUGGGUACACUGGGCAGCUCGCACCCUGGCGCUGAGCCCCUGCUAGUGAGAGGAGCGACCCGCAAAGGCAUGCACACUAUGAUCAGUACAGCAUCUACGAAGCCACUUGAAGAGAUCAUGGAUGCUCAUCUGGACGAACAACGGCUACUUGGCAAUCAAAGCCCUUCGAACUUGUCAUUCCAACUCUAUGUGCCGGUGGAUCGGACAAGAGCCAAAUCGCUCAUUGAAAGGGUCAAGGCGGCCGGGUAUCAAAGUCUAUGGGUAACAGUCGACACUUCAACACUAGGAAAGCGUACUGCGGAUCGUUACCUCCAAGCACAAGAAAAUCUCGACGCUGGUUUGGCUGAAAGUGCAAGGGAAAUUCACGAUGAGAACGACUUCGCGCCAGCAUUUGGGGGGCGGCAGGUUCCCGGUUCGGUGGAUGCUGGUCUCACUUGGGAGGAUUUAGAUUGGAUUUCAUCAGAGUGGGGCGGGCCACUAGUUCUCAAGGGGAUUCAAAGCGUGGAGGACGUGAAGCUGGCUGUACAACAUAAUGUGCAGGGGAUCCUAUUGAGCAAUCAUGGAGGCAGGCAGAUACAUUCCGCCCCAAGCUCAUUGAUGACGCUCCUGGAGAUUCGCAAAUACUACCCAGAGGCUUUCGACAAGCUCCAGGUUUUUGUCGACGGAGGUCUUCGCGACGGAGCGGAUGUCCUCAAGGCGUUGUGUCUCGGAGCCACUGCGGUUGGAGUGGGUCGGCCUUACUACUAUGCCCUCGCGGCAUACGGCGCAGAAGGAGUGGAAAGAUGUACAGACAUCCUCGCUGAAGAACUUGAAAUCACGAUGAAGAUGCUUGGUGUCUCUUCUCUAGACCAAUUGCGACCGGAGAUGGUAAACACCAGCCGACUUUUGAACGAAAUGUGGCGUCCUAUUAAUGCAAAGUCCAAGUUGUGA